AUGCAUAUCCUGUCGACUCUGAGCCUCGCAGCUCUGUCGGCGCCUCUGGCGUCUGCCUCAUUUGAUGGGAACAUCAACUACCUCAGCCCUUCCCGGCGCCAUGUCAACCUUGGCAUCGACGUCCCGGCAGUCGCCCGCCGCAGCAUGAAGCGCGGCGCCGUGCCGUAUAAGCCAUCCGAGUUGAACUUCACUCACGGUAUCGCGUCUGGCGACCCCUAUCCGGACAGCGUCAUUCUCUGGACCCGCGUCGCGCCGUCCCUGGCUUCAGAUAACAGCAAUGUGACCGUCGAGGGAACCGUUGACCUGUACAAUCACGAGACCGAAAAGUACGUCAAGGCGGAUCCUAACCCAAUUUGCGUCGAAUGGAAGGUCUGGGAAGCCCAGGAGAAAGGCUCGAAACGUCCUGGUCACGGCGGAUCCGGGAAGCACAUUGUUUCGCAGGGUACUGCCUACACCACUAGCGAUAUUGACUACACUGUCAAGGUCGAGGCCAAGGGCCUGAAGCCAUUCACCACCUACAACUACCAAUUCAACGUUUGCAAGUCCGAUAACGCCAGCCCGGUGGGAAGGACAAAAACGGCUCCAAGGGAGAAUGCUAAGCUGGACGAGAUCAACCUUGCGGUGUUCUCGUGCAGCAAUUUCCCCAAUGGCUAUUUCAAUGCCUACGGCAACGCGGCGCGGAAGGACAAGCACGACUACGUGGUCCACCUAGGUGACUACAUAUACGAAGGAGCUCAGGGGGGCGAGCGUGCACACAACCCGCCACGCAUCAUCUUUAGCCUGUGGGACUAUAGGACCCGUCACGGACAGUACCGCACUGAUCCCGAUUUGCAGCUCCUGUCUCAGAACUAUGCUUGGAUGCCGACGUGGGAUGAUCAUGAAAUUGCCAACAACGGUUACAGGGACGGAUUCAGCGCGCUGAACAACACCGAAGACUCCUUCCGCAAGGACGGCCCGUCCAUCAGCGUCGAUCAGCGUAAGAUGAACGCCGUGCGGGCCUACUUCGAGUGGAUGCCUAUCCGCCAAGUCGACCUCGACGACAAUCUUCGGAUCUGGCGGUCCUUCAAACUGGGCCGGCUGCUGGACCUGAUCAUCCUUGAUACGCGCAACUACGACCGGAGCAUCACUAGCCUGGGCUGGAACGACCACUACAUCGACCUGAUCCGUGACGACGCCUCGCGGUCGCUGAUGGGCUCGCGCCAGGAGCACUGGUUCUACAACCAGCUGGCCGAGUCGUCGCGGCGGGGGGCCGCCUGGCGCGUCGUCGGCAGCCAGGUCAUCUUCUCGGACAUCAACAACAGCGGCGACACGUGGUCGGGGUACACGGCCAACCGCAACCGCACGCUCAAGCACCUGUACGAUAACAAGAUCGGCAACAACGUCUUCCUCGCCGGCGACAGCCACCAGAACUGGGUCUCGGACCUGGCCUGGCUCGGCGAGAAGCCGUACGACUCCCAGACCGGCGAGGGCGCCGUGGGCGUCGAGUUCGCCGGCACCGCCGUCAGCUCGUCCGGCCAGAGCGGCCCCAUCCUGGCCGCGCGCGAGAAGGCCCGCCAGCAGGUCGAGGCCAACGAGCUGAUGCAGUGGCAGGAGGGGUACUACCGCGGUUACUUCAUCCUCAGGAUCCGCGAGGAAGCGGUAACGGCGCAGUAUUUUGGCUCGCCCAGCGUGGCCACCCCCAAUGCGUGGGAUCUCCCGCUGGCCAACUUCACGAUCGCUUCGGGAAAGAAUCACCUGACGCGUCCAGUGGCCGGUGGCAACGUCGAGGCCGGGUUCGUCCGCGGCGGCACGACGACGGGCACGAACCUGACGCUCAACACGGAGACCGGGAAGUGGGACGUUGUUGGGUUCGAGAAGAUGUACAUCAAAUAA